AUGCCACCGAAGGUCAUACGAGGUCAAGGCGCUUUAGAAGAAGAUAAGAAACGCUUGCUACCGAGUUACGCGCAGAAACACCCUCUACAACAUUCCUGGACAUGGUGGUUUUAUGAAACGGACAAGACCAAAUCGUGGGACGAAAAUCUGAAGGCGAUAACGAGUUUCCAGACUGUGGAAGACUUCUGGAGCGUGUAUACGAGCGUGAAACCUGCCAGCCGCUUGUCUCACGGCUGCGAUUAUUGCGUCUUUAAAGAAGGAAUCACUCCCAUGUGGGAGGAUAAGGCAAACCGGCGUGGUGGACGUUGGCUUAUGAUUCUUCCACGACGAAACAGGUUACUUCAACUGGACUAUCUGUGGCUUGAGACAUUAAUGUUAAUGGUCGGUGAGUCCUUUUUCCAUUACGGCGGUGAUAUUUGUGGAGCUGUGGUUAACAUUCGUCCCAGAUGCGACAAAAUAGCUAUUUGGACUAAAGAUGCUCAUAACAAGCAAAAUAUUUUAGCAAUUGGUUGGAAACUGAAGGAAGGUUUGGGCUUAGGACCACAUAUUCCGUUUUCCUACCAGGUUCAUGCGAAUACUAUACUGAAAGCCCGAAAAUAUGAUCAGAAGGACGAAUAA